AUGGCCAAAACAACUCACAUAGCAGUAAUUUCAAUCCCUGCAUUCAGUCACCAAGUUUCCAUUGUUGAGUUCUGCAAGAGACUCGUUCAUCUCCAUCACCACUUCCACGUGACCUGCAUCUUCCCCACCAUAGGUGCACCCCUCCCCGCCACACUCACCCUCCUCGAAUCUCUUCCUUCCAACAUCAACUACACUUUCCUCCCUCCUGUUAACAAACAAGACCUGCCCCAAGAUGUUCCCUCAGCAGUACAAAUCCAACUCGCAGUGUCUCUGUCCAUGCCAUCCUUCCAACACGCACUGGAGUUUCUCCUUUCAACCACAUCUCUGGAAGCUUUGAUUGCAGAUCCUUUCGCAAACGAGGCGCUGGAAAUAGCAAAGGAGUUCAACAUCUUGUCUUACAUAUACUUCCCUCCUUCUGCCAUGACACUCUCAGUGUUCCUCCAUUUGCCUGCUUUACACCAGCAAAUUUCAUGUGAAUACAGGGAUCACAAAGAAGCCAUCAAAAUUCCAGGGUGUGUGCCAGUUCAAGGCCGCGACUUAUCCGAGCAUUUCCAAGACCGAUCUAGUCUCGAUUAUAAGUUAAUUCUGGAGCGCUGCAAGAGACUCUCUCUUGCUCACGGUUUUUUAGUCAACAGCUUCUCCAAAAUUGAAGAAGAUUCGGAGAGAGCCUUGCAGGUGCAUAGCAGAGUCAACAACAGCAGCAACAAUUCUCGUGUUUAUCUGAUUGGACCAAUUAUACAUACAGGGUCGAGUAAUGAACCAAAGGGCUCAGAGUGUCUGAGGUGGUUGGAGAGUCAGAAGGCUAAUUCAGUUUUGUACGUGUCGUUUGGAAGUGGAGGUACACUCUCUCAGCAACAGCUCAAUGAGUUAGCCUUUGGGUUAGAGUUGAGUGGUGAGAAAUUCUUGUGGGCAGUGAGAGCACCUAGUGAUUCAGCAGAUGGUGCUUACGUUGUUGCUUCUAGUGAUGACCCUUUACAGUUUUUACCAAAUGGGUUCUUGGAGAGAACCAAAGGUCGUGGCUUUGUUGUUCCUUCUUGGGCCCCACAGACCCAAAUCCUUGGUCACGUUUCAACCGGUGGGUUUUUGACUCAUUGUGGGUGGAAUUCAGCACUCGAGAGUAUUGUGUUGGGAGUGCCAAUGGUGACUUGGCCAUUAUUUGCUGAACAGAGACUGAAUGCGGUUUUGUUAGCUGAGGGUUUGAAAGUGGCGUUAAGGCCAAAAUUUAAUGAGAAUGGCAUAGCGGAGAGGGAGGAAAUUGCUAAGGUGGUAAAGGGUCUGAUGGUGGGUGAAGAAGGAGAGAUGAUUCGUGGAAGAAUUGAAAAGCUCAGAGAUGCAGCUGCAGAAGCGUUAGAAGAAGAUGGGUCCUCCACAAGGGCACUUUACCAAUUUGGGACUCAGAUGGAGAGCUUUGUGGGACAUUCAUAG